GCGGCGAUGGCCCGCUUAUCGUUACGUCCCCCCUGUGACGCGCUCCACAGAUUGCACGUCCCACAACGCGUCACCUUGGCCAGCCGGAAAGCAGCAGCACCUUCAACGUGGAAGUGACGCCCAUAGACAAAGCAAGCAGCGCACAUGUGGAGACGCAGGCAGCAUGGAUACUCCACUGUACCCCUGCAGCUUGCCCUGCCUCUUUCGCCUAACAUGUCUUCUGUGCUGUUUGCUCUGCGAAGGGCACGCGACCACUUUCAACACCACGACGGCCUUGACAACGGCCUUGACAGGACGACUGUUGCUCCACCAAGGCCAAUGGCUCGACUCGCCCGACCGCAGCCCCGAACGCAAGCCCUUCCAGAAUUGGCAAGUACCAGGUUGCCUCUUACACGACUACACGACGUCCGAGAUCGCCGAUUGCAACGAGGAUGGCCAGAUACUGUUUGUCGGCGACACGACGGUGCGACAAGUGUUCUGGGCCGCAGCGAAGAAGCUGGAUAGUGGCUGGGUGGGUGACAGACAGCAAGAGCUGGACAAGCAUGAAGACUUACACCUAGAGAAAGAUGGCGCAAGGUUAAGCUUCCUGUGGGACCCAUUCCUGAACAGCACUGGGUUCAGGGGAGAGUUGAAGGCCUACAUGGACAGGAACAAACCGGACAACAGCCUGGAAGAUAAGAAACUGCAGCCGAGCGACGGCAAGAGGAGGUCGGUGCUGCUCUUCAUCGGUGGUGGGCUUUGGCAUGCUCGGCAUCUGGGUGAUGACUAUCUUCUAGCUUUCAACCACGUGGUGGAUCGUGUCGCAGCAGUCAUGUCCACCACGCAUGAUCGACUCACGUCACCAGCAAACAUACGAGCGCAUGGCACCGAUGGAGUGGACGACCAGAUCUUCUUUACGCCGGUUCUGGAUCCGAUGGUCGACCGAUUAAGUCCGUCUCGUGAAGUUACCAUCACGCAGAGCAAGAUAUGGGCUAUGAACGACCAUCUGCAGCUGUGGUCUAAUCGAGGGCUCAACGUGCCCUGGGUCUACCGAGACAUGACCGCGGAUUGGCCCCAGAUGGUCAGCGAGAGUGGUCUGCAUGUUACAGAUCGUGUUGCAACUCAAAUGGCAGACGUCGUGCUCAACUAUCGAUGCAAUGCAAAAGCUGCGCAGAAGAAUGGCUAUCCGUUUAGCAGGACUUGUUGCAGCGCUUAUAGGCCAGCCAACUGGGUUCAGAUCCUCGCGACCAUCCUUUUCGUACCUCUCGUUACCUUGACAGCCUUCAGUCGUUUCAUCCGCAGCCCAGAUCAGAGGCCCACAAUAGUCGUAUUGACUGAUGCGCUUGCCGUCUUCAUGCUUGCUGCAGUGUAUUGCUUCAUCACCGAUAGAACCCACGUCUUCGACAAGAUCCCGAAGGAGUUCGCUAAUAUCGACUUCCGGGUAAUGCUAGGCGUUGCUGUCUUGGUAUGCCUUCUCCACGUUCAGAGCAUUUCAUCGACCAUUACCAAGAGCUGGAAACGUUCACCAGAAAAGACUGUUCGAUCAGUACCCUUCCUCCCACGGGAACAGUCUGAUGAGUUCAAGGGGUGGAUGCAGAUUUAUGUCCUGGUGUACGCAUACACAGGCGCUGCUAACGUCAUGGACUUCUAUGAGGUGUUCCGUGUCUUCAUUGCACUUUACCUCUUCCUUUCCGGUUACGGCCAUGCGACUUACUUCCUGCGGACGAACGAUUUCUCUGUCCAGCGUAUCCUGGGCGUUUUAUUGCGCCUCAACACGCUGCCUGCCCUGCUUGCACUUGCAGUGGACAGGCCGUAUACCUCAUACCAUUUCGCGCCGCUGGUGACCUUCUGGUUUCUUGUCAUGUUUCUGACCCUCAGGAUCGGCCAGCCUUGGAACGACUGUUUCGGGCUGCUACUCGUCAAGGUCGCACUUGUGGCGCUGCUCACAACAAUGUUCAUCCAUGCUCAAGGCAUCCUCGAGAUGUGGGCUUCAUUCUUCAGCAUUGUCCUUCGAGCAAAAAUUGAUGUAAACGACCUGCGUUUCCACCUCGGCGUGGACAAGAACGUCAUCUUCAUCGGGAUCAUCGUUGCGGCACUCCACGUCAGAGUUCGUUCGGUGCUUCGAACCCCGUAUAAACAACUGGGUCUCGCAGGCUUUAUCGUCAAGCGAUACUACAUCCUUCACCAGACUGUGCUCGUUGCACUCGCAAUCAUCACCAUUCCCACAUUCUGGGUCAAGACGCGACGGUCAGAGACCAAAGGCGACUACGACUGGUGGAUGCCAUACAUUGCCUGGCUCCCCGCUCUCUCCUUCGUGAUCCUUCGUAACGCGACUGGCUUUUUACGAGCGCGGUAUUGCGCAUCGUUUGCUUGGCUCGGCCGCAUAUCUCUCGAGUUGUAUCUGCUCUCCCAGCACAUAUGGCUCGCUGGCGACAACAAAGGUAUUCUCCGUGUGGGAUUUCGGUAUGGCAGCGGUACAUUCCUGGGUGACAAGUGGCGCGAUCUAGUCGUCUUGACUCCGGUCUUCGUGUGGUUGGCGUGGAAGGUGCAUGAGGCUACGAAAGUGACAACCACAUGGCUGUUGUAUGGUCAGAGCGCGACUGUAGAUCGAGAGCAAAGUGGAAGAGCUGCGAACGAGGACGUUAUAGAAUUGCCUGGAUGGCACCGUCCAGAUGGUGACGUGGCGGAUGAAGUAGAGAGCCAUCGCCGUGCCCAGCAAGGUGCGCGCAGGAAGAUGCUAGCGAGAGUGGGCGGUGUUGCUGUGGUCCUCUGGCUUGCAAACCUCAUAUAUGUGGGUCAGUACGUCUGCCAAACUGCCAUGCACCUUGCCCCAAACCCAACGAUCCGUGCUGAACGACAUGUGAUGGAACAGCCGGACUUAGACCGUUUCAGAUCCCAAGAACCGCGAUUAACACGCUUGAACGUGCGAAGGAUCAAAGUGGCUGAUCUUAAUUCGGCAAGACAUACAUAUGAAGUUCGUGUUUGCUGA